CUUGACUAUGACACAUAAUAGCUGUACCAUUAAAUCUUACCUAUGACACAUAAAAUGCAUAUCCUCCAAGUGAGUCAACAUUAUAUAUGAUCUCUUUGUUUUUCCUUACUGGUUUACAACUCUCAAAGCUUUUGGGGACAUUCACCGGUGAUUUUCCUCAUGUCUAAGACGGAGGAGACGAAUGGAAACCUUUCGUCACCGCCUGCGGUGUUUACUAGCAAACUUGUUUCACCAAUUGAUACAUUCUUUGCAAUGAUAUUAUGGCUUGGCUCUGUUCAUCUUAUAGUUCUUCUCAUAGUGGUUUCCUUUUUAUUGCUCCCUCUUCACAAAUACUUACUGGUAUUGGGGAUGCUUGUGGUGCUAAUGUUCAUCCCCAUUGAUGAGAAUAGUAAAUGGGGCCUUGCAUUAGCCAGGUACAUAUAUAAGCAUGGUAACGGUUAUUUUCCCGCUACUCUAUAUGUUGAGGAUAUUAAAGAUUUCAAUCCUGAUCAGGCUUACGUUUUUGGAUACGAGCCACAUUCAGUUUGGCCAAUUGGAUCUGGAGUACUAUCAAACCUUACCGGUUUUAUGCCAACGAGAAAAAUCAAAAUCCUUGUUAGUACAGCUGUGUUCUACACACCGUUCCUGAGGCAUAUAUGCACAUGGAUGGGACUGUCAGCAGUAACAAGGGAAAAUUUUUCAUCUCUCUUAAAAGCUGGGUGUAGCUGCAUAGUGAUCCCAGGUGGAACACAGGAAGCGUUUUAUAUGGAGCAUGAUUCUGAGGUUGCGUUUCUAAAGGCAAGGAAAGGAUUCAUACGACUUGCAAUGGAGACCGAUUCUCCUAUAGUUCCUGUUUUUGCCUUUGGCCAGUCCUAUGUUUAUAACUGGUGGAAACCACAGGGAAAGUUCUUCCUAAAACUCUCUCGAGCUAUCAAGUUCAUGCCUAUUGCCUUUUGGGGUGCUUUAUGGUCUCCUAUACCCUUACAGCGACCGAUUCUUGUGGUGGUUGGUAAACCAAUAUAUUUCAAGAAGAAUUCUACACCCACCAUGGAAGAGAUUUCUGAAGUGCAUGGUCAGUUUGUGGAGGCACUUCAAGGUCUGUUCGAUAGGCAUAAAGUGCGAGCAGGUUAUCCUGAUCUUGAAUUACGAAUAAUGUGACAAGAUUGUACGAAGAUUUAAAUUUAUGUCCAGUUGUUGGUUUUGUGGUAACUUGGAUAUCUCUAAAGAUCGUGUGAACACUCUCGGAUUGAUUUAUUUCGCCAGCAGUCACGAAUAUUUAGUCGGAUAAUUCUCAGGAAGAUAUAUCAAUAACGAGUAUGGAAUCUGUUGUGAAAAACGUUUACUCUGAAAAUGACUAUAAGAAUGUUCAAAUUCAGGGUGAACUGCCAUGACAAUUGGAAGUUAAU